AUGGCGUUUUUGAGAGAAGGCUUGUCCAAGUUCAUGCAUGCGGUGAAAAAUGAUGCAGAGCAAGCGUUGCCGCCAUACAGCGGCCAUUUGACGGCAGACCGUUUUCAGCUGCAUACAGGAGUGCUACUUGGCGCUGGAGGCAUCGUGCCGCGUACGCUGACAUAUGUGCCAAAAGCUGCCCUUAUUGGCUUUUGCACCACAGCUGGGCAUGUAAGACUCAUUUCCGCCGAGCACGAGGAGACGUUGCAAAAUCCAGUUGCGCCUUUGCAGCCUGAAUUUUUGAGCUUUCCAAGAGCAGGGUUGGUUUUGUUAGUGGGUGUCGCAACGAUGCCAACAGAAUCAUCGUCAUCAGCGUCAUCGAACGCCGCAAGCUGGAUAGCUCAAUGGUGGGAGUUCAAAGGAUCCGCCGGGCAUCAACUUCCACAACAUGCGCGUUUGCGGUUUGGUGUAACUUGCAUGACCACAUCUGUAGAUGCAUCGCUGGUUUUCUUUGGUACGGAUGAAGGUGACAUUCGUGUUUUUGAUGCUGGCGAGAGACCGCAUUUAGCACCUUAUUGCAUUUCAUGGGCAGCGCUCCACAAUCACAAGAAAGCUCUGAGCACGGCAUGCCCAAUCACUGCAUUGGCAGCAGUUCCGCAUUCAGUGCCGGAACUUCUCGUCUCAACUGGAGAUGGGAGUUUGGUGUUGUGGUCCUUCGACAAGCACCGCGUUUCCAGAGCAUAUGACAGCAACUCUUCAAUUGUUUCUCUUGUGUGGUGCCAGUCUGGCUCACAUUUUCUAGCUGCGUCUCGAAGCGAUGUGUCAGUGUAUUGUCGUUCGAGUUCCUCAGUCCUGGUGCGUGUGGUGCUCCCCGGCGGCCCGUCUCAACAUGUUGAGCUUUUGAAGUGGACCGUGGGGGAUAUAUCGACCACACCAAGCGACAAACUCUCGGCAUCUUUGGGCCAAGUGCUGCUGCUGCGGUCUCGGCCAAGCUCCGCCUUGUUGUUGAUGUCAGGAGAGGCCUGGUCUAAAGUGGAUACAAUCUUGCCAGAUGUUGCGCAGGCCGUGCUAUGUGACCCGGAAUGCCCCAACGCACAACCGUGUGGUUGUCCCAACUUACUAUUUGCGGCGUUUGCAGAGGAUGCGUUUUCAAAGGACGCCGAGGCUGUCAGGCGAGAUGCCUUUCAGCAAUGCAUCCUUGCAAUUCACAGUUCUCGGACACAUGUUUCUGUUGCUUCGGCGUUCGGAGAUGGAACCAGUCAAGUUUGGCCCGUUAGCUGGGGUUCAUUGCAACUUUCCGAUGUUCGUUGUCUGCAGAUUCUUCCGAAGAGCGUGCUGAAUCUUCAGCAGAGUGUGAAAGCGACAGAAGCAAGCCCUGAUGUUCCAGAGCUCAAAGAGAGUGCAGCGGAGGCCCCGAUACGAUGGGCGGUCCGCGAUGGGAGGCCGCAGGACGGUGUCGAUGUGUCAACCGCUUGGGAGAAUGCUUCGUCUGAUGGAUGGUUUGUGCUCGUUGGGUGUGGGGAGCCCACGGAGGAACCUGUGGAUGAAAAGUUGCAUUGGAAGAUACCACUCAAUGCUCAGCUUUUGGAAUGUCAGGCCAGCUUCAGUUUGGAUGCGCAAGUGGAUUUAUGCAUUUGGGACGGGGCGGACACUGAGAGGAUUCUGCAUUUUGACAUACAAGAGCAAACGGCCAGCUGGGGUGCAGAAAGGCAGGAAGUGGAUUUGGCACCUGGUGCCGAGCAUUGCAUCCAACUGGAGAUGGACACUGAACAGCCUUUGCCGAAUGUUACCAUUGAUGGUUGUGCACUGCCGUGGGUUGUGCAAAGACCCCAGGCUAUAGGCUGGCAAUGCCGCCGAGGAGAACUUCGACUACGUUACAUGUUUACACGUGCCCAGAUGUCCAAGACGUCCAGUUCUUCAGAGGCUCCAGAAGUCUUCAAGGAAGAACUGAACAGGAGACUUCCACCUGUGCAGCUUGCAGAAGCCAUGUUCGCACACCAUGUGGCACAUUACCAAAGCUUCAUGCGGGGUGCGUGCACGCCACCCAAAUGCCAGGCUUUUGUUGAAGAUUGGCAGCUCCUAGCCGGAGGAUGUCAAGGCUUGCUAUGUAGUGGUCACAAAGAUGGCUGCGUCAGGGUAUGGCUGCGUGGUCAUGGCUCUGUUCUUCUGUUGCACGUGCUCUCAGUGCAGCCGCUGGACUCGCUGCCCUGGCGUCCGCGUUUUGACCCAAAUAAUGGAUGUGUACUGGAAUCCACGCUGAGCGGCAUAUACGAUGGUGUAGAUUGUUGCCCGGCCUUUCCAGCAGGCGAGAAUGCAGAAGCAGCAGUCGCUGUCACAGCGGUGGCCCUGGAGCUUGCAGCAGGCGCAGUUGCAGCUGGCUGCAGCUCUGGUGAGGUUGUUCUGUUUAUGUGGCAGAGGGAGGCGCAGGUUCCUUCACCGGUCGAGUUGGCAGAGUGGAAGGUGCAGUCGUUGCUGCUUGCUGCGCAGGAAGGCCAGGCAUCGCAGUCUCGCGAAGGUGAGCACACAGAGCCGCCAGAGCUUCCUCCUGGAUUUGCCUGUUCCAUGAGAUUGCGGCAGCACCAGGCUUGUGUCACGCAGUUGCAAGUUGUUUAUGGCGAGGGAACCUUUCAAAUUCUGUCUGUGGAUGCCAACUCCCGCUUUUGCGUGGUUGACUGCUCAAGCGGCCAGCUCCUGUUCUCCCAGGAAGUGUCAGGUUUGAGUAGCCCAUCAACGGGACCACAACCUCCUCGUGAAACGCUGGAGGCAGUGGUGCUCUCACAUUGUAUUUUGCAAGUCGCGAGGUCUAGUCCUACGGCAUCAGCAGCGGAAACCAACCGGUUGAAGAUGGAGCUGCUUGCCAAGGAAGCCACGCCCCAUGUAGACACAUAUCUCCUCGCUUUCUCCAGUGGAGAGUUGCGACAGGUCGCAGGUCAUCCCAAGGAUUUGAAGCUUUUGGACAACCGCAUAAGGGAAACACGUUUGCCUCAGCUUGCGGGUGGCUCCUUUCAAGCCUUAUUCCUGCACAACGACUUUUUGCUGGCCGUCCAGUCUGCCGGGCUUAGCAUCUUCAAGCGUGACGGGGACAAGCUCUUGCCUGGAGGCUCCAAGACUACGUUCAGUGGUCGUGCAAUGGGUGCCGGCGUAGUGGAGAUUGAUGGUGAGCUCUGCCUUUAUGUUAUCCUCCGCAACGGGCAACUCGACAUAGUGGCCCUACCCAGUCUUCAUCCCAUCGUGUCGCUGCAGGCGGGGAGCUGCGCACGCCGAUUUUUGCAAGGUCAUGAGCAUGGUGAAAAUGGCGAUCAGUUGGGAGUCUUUCCCGGAGGCACUGUUUGCUCGGAUGGUUACUUCGCGCUUCAAUGCGGAGGUGUGUUGUGGAUAGGUGGUGCUUCAGACGUACGGGAAUGUCAUGGGUUGGAAGCAUCUUCCCAGGCAGUUCGCUCGGCAUUUUUGCUGCAGACACUUCAAGGCGUUGACGCGACGACACGCACGGAUGCCCCAGAAAGGAGCAGCAAGCCUUCGGGAAUUCUUGGCACACUUUUCGGUCGUGGCGCUCAGAAAUCUUUGCGCGAAUGUGCGCUCCCUGCGGACCCUCUUCCUGCAGAGGUUGAUGGCCGCCGCCUGGAUCAAGGACGAGGGUUGGUUUCAGCAUGGCAGUCCCAGACAAGCCAGGGUGUACCUGGCCCAUUUGGCCCAGCUGGCCCAUCUGGCAGGCAGUCCGCUAGAUCCGAGACAGCCCCCCAGCAGCGUGCAGCUGCUGGUGUGCGGGAAGCACUUGCCGGAGCAACAGCAAAUGCAAUUGAGCGAGGAGACAAGAUGUCUAGCCUUGCAGACAGUUCGCGCCGUUUAGCAGACAACGCGGACCAAUUCCUCGACCUAGCCAAGCAGCUGAACGCGCAACAGAAUCGUUGGUUCUGA